AUGAGUUCAGAUGCAGAAUCGUCCAGCAGAGUUAAUGGAUGGUCAUUACCGAUUCAUCCUCUACAGUGCCUUUCUUGGUUUGCUACCGCUAUUUUCUCAAUAUUUUACUUUGGGAUUCUGAUCCCUACUAUUGUUGAGACUGCCAGAGUCACCCUUAUAGUUAUAAAUGCCAUAAGUGUUGUCGCUUACAUUGUUCUCAAUGUUGCUGCAGUGAGUAUUAAUCCUGCCGAUACAGCUGUCCGAGAAAAGCAGAGGAUGCGAGGAAAAAAGGUACCUGCUCUGGAUCCUAAGCAUACACAUGUGAUUGAAAAUUUCUAUUGCAACUUGUGUGAUUUACCGAUCUCUAGCUCGCGGACGAAGCACUGUAAAAGCUGUAACAAAUGUAUAGCCAAUUUUGACCAUCACUGCAAAUGGCUUAACAAUUGUGUGGGUAGUCGCAACUAUGCGUGUUUCGCUGGAAUCAUGACUACAGCUUGUUUGUCGCUCAGUAUAUCCACGAGCCUUUCUGUAUCCGUGGCUAUAGCGUAUUAUUCAGAUCGUUCACAUGGGUACUGGAUUCAGGUUUACCAUGAUUACUGGCACACAUUUAAUAAUGGAACAACUGAUCAUUUGGAUUACUUAACAGCUAACAAUGGCGUUUUCCGUAUAUUUGGUCUCGGUGUAUCUGGCGUGGUAUUCCUUGUCAUUGUUAUUGCCGAGUGUAUGCUUACCUUCGCUAUUAAUGCGUUUCUGUUGCAUUUAAUAAUCUUUCAUAUUUAUCUACACAUAAAAGGUAUGACAACGUAUGAAUUCAUAGUAGCACAACGCCAAAAGUCAAGUUCAUCAUCUGAAAGUCAAAAAAGUUGUGAUAUUAGUCACAAAAAGGAAAAAUACCUCUGUAUUGUUCGAUUCACCAACUUUUGUGAAAAAGCUGAUACUGGAGAAAACAUAUCACAUAAACAAUCCAAUGGGACAUCUACUUGCAAUAAAAUCAGUAAAUCUUUUCAUUCCAACGAAAAAUCGUAUGAGCUCCCAGUUAUGGCCGGUGAUUUGGCCAAUAGUAGUAUUUGUUCAAUUAGGCCUCAAUUUCUAUCCAGUAACAAAGUUUAUCCUCAUAGACAAGAAUGUAUUCCUUCAAUGCCGUCUAGUAAUUUCAUUUUAGAAGGCAAAGGACAAAAUAAUACUAUGCAUUUGUCUUCUUUGGCUACUGGUAGAUUUGAGAACAGUAUAGAAGCAAAAAAUUUGAAUGUACCUCAUAAUGUAAAUAAGCAUAGUGGAAGAAGUUUAGACGGUUGUGUGUCACAAGACUUACGUAAACUUUCAAUUGACAAUAAAACUGUUGGUACUGGAGUAAUCGAACCAAAACCUGGCCCUGACUUUAUUAACCCAAAUGGAGUGUUUUCUUCUUGUGAACAAAUAACAGACAAUAUGGUCACACGAUCUAAUAGUACUGAGUCCACUAAUACAUUUAACACAGGUGAUAAGGAUUCAGUGCUAUCUAAGGUGCCAGAAGUAUCUCUGGAUACGUAG